UUGAAAAAUCCCUUCUCAUAGUUAUCUUUCUCUCGUCUUCUUCAAGAUUUCAAAAGAAAACCAGUUACCAACGUCCAUCAGCAACAGUCGUUUCUGAUCUUUUUCCUCCUCUUCCUGAGACGAUAAUCCUCUAAAGAUCCUUAGAUUCCUCACUGUUGACCCUCAGAAUCAUUUCCCGUUUUUGAUUUCCUCACUCGAAGCAUCCCCUCUUCUCGACCUAUCCACCUUCAAGGUUUGAGAGAGAUCGGAGAGGAGAGAAGGUUAUGGCAAAAAAAGAGGAUAUCGAGUAUGACGAUGUGUCCAAGAUCGUGUUGAUUGGGGACGCCGGUGUUGGUAAAUCCAACAUUCUCUCGAGGUUCGUUAGAAAGGAGUUUUGCUUGGAGUUCAAGCCCAAUAUUGGUUUUGAGUUCGCGUCGAGGAUUCUACAGGUGGAAGGAAAGAUGGUUAAGGCAAAGAUAUGGGAUACAGCCGGUCAAGAACGGUCCCGGGCUGUGACUAGUCAAUACUAUAGAGGAGCUGUUGGUGCGCUCCUUGUCUAUGAUAUAACCAAGAGGCAAACUUUUGACAAUAUCCAGAGAUGGCUUCGUCAACUGAGGGACCAUGUGGAUUCUGACAUUGUGAUCAUGCUGGCUGGUAAUAAGUGUGACCUAAAGCACCUCAGAGCUGUGCAAGUAGAGGAUGGUCAGGCUUUGGCAAACAAGGAGGGCCUUUUGUUUCUGGAGACUUCCGCAUUGGACGCAACAAAUAUCGAGAGAGCGUUCCAGUCAAUUUUGAUCCAGAUUAACCAUAUUAAGAGGCUAAGGGCAUUAGCAGCUCGGGAAGCUGCUGCCGCUGCAUCCCGUCGUGGUCAAGGAACUACAGUCGAUGUUGCUGAUGCAUCAGGAUCAGCAAAAAAGAUAGGGUGUUGUUCCACUUGAAGGUGUCCGUCAUCAAGAUUAACGCGGAAGGACUUCUCUCAGCUAGUAGAUUACAAGCAGGGUCUUUUCAUUCUUCGGUUUUUCUUCCGGCAGCAUUGGUUUAUCGGCAGCUGAUAGGGUUGUUCACAAGCCUUUGCGUUGCUCAUGGAAUUUCUCCUCCUUUCUGUUGGAGACCAAUCACAUUCUAUGGUCUUUAGGUGCAUUCAGCAUCAUCAAUUUGUUUAGGCAAGAACGCUUGAUUGAGCAGCAAUACCACUCAACCACAUCAUAUUAGUCGUAAAUUUUCGGUGUCGAAUCGGUGCAACACGUGUGUUCCAUGCUUACCCAUGAUUCAAGGUUCAAGAAAACGCUGUCUUUUACCUGUUGGUGCCUGCAAGGGGUGCAUUCAUGUUCAAACAUCAAUUGAUUUCGGCAGCCAAAUUUCCUCCUUCUGUUUCUCUGUUGAAGUGUUGCCUUGGGUUUUCAGGCUUGCUUUCAACGGAGAAGAUCCAAUAGCUUGCUCUCAUCAAUUUCUAUGCCCGCAGCUAUUUAUAUUUCCUGAUUUUUGCGCAAUAGUGCCCUGUGGCAUCCCAUCGAUCACCGACACAUUUGAAAUGAUGAGAGGCUGAGGAUAAUAACCUUGAAACUCCAAGGAGAGUAGUCAAUGUUUUCGGUAUCUCCAUGCCAUACAUUUACGGCCUUUUCAAAAAAUAGAAGCCAUCUUUUUCAUCAUUUA